GGGCUGAGUCAUGCCCUGGGCACUCCAAGGGCGGUAUAAAAGAGCUCCUCAGCAGCUCCUGGGCAUCAGUUCCCUCCUUUGCUUUCUCUUUGUGCACUAAGCCCCGAGGAAUGCCCUCCCUGAACUCCUGCGCCGCCGGCGGUGCCUCGCCGUGCGGGGUGGCCGCGCCUCAGCCCAUCGCCGACAGCUGCAACGAGCCCUGCGUGCGGCAGUGCCCGGACUCCACCGUGGUCAUCUACCCCCCGCCCGUGGUGGUCACCUUCCCCGGGCCCAUCCUCAGCACCUUCCCGCAGCAGAGCGUGGUGGGCUCCGAGGGAGCCCCCGAAGUCGGGAGCGCCGCCGGCGCUGCCCGGGUCCCGGGGGGCUCUCGCGUGUACGGCGGUGCCAUCUGGGGUCGGGGGUACCCCGUUGGAAGCUGCAGACCUUGCUAGACCCGGCGGGGGCCGCUGCUGACGGAGGAGCCAUGCCCAGGGGAUGGCAAAGAGGACGGGGGCUGAGCACCGCAGAAGGGUUGGGGCUUUGGGGCUGCCAUUAAACGCAUCUGGAGGUGCUCAGAUCUCCUGCACAAUGCCUUUGUGUCCUCACAUUGUCCUUUCCCGGUUUGCUGAUGGGGUUUUUUUUUCCUGCUGCCCUCCACGGGGGCUGGGGUUGGAUCAUCUCCAAGGUCCCUUCCAACCCAACCCAUUCUGUGGCUCUCAGUGCUCUGCUCUCAGUGGCCUGGACGGUGCUGCUGCCUCCUUCCUCGGGGCAUGCAGGACUCACUGUGGGGUGAGGGAUCUGCUAUCAGCUCCAUCUUAGCUCUUUGUAAGCUCUUUCUGUGGCUGCUGAUGCAGGGCUGUGGAGUCAGCCAGCCCCUGCUCCUUGUUCCCCUCCUGCAUUGAUCAGGG